AGACAACCCUCCAGAAGCAGCCGAAGCUCCGUUCCUCACAUCACACAAGGCAAUGCUGGAGACGCACACAAUCCGCUGGUUCCGAUGAAAGGAAGAAGUCGAGUGUAACUCGGGCUGUCCAUGCGCUGACACAAGACAUCGUCCAAGAUCAGCUCGGCGCUCACACACAUCCUGCCGGGGCGGCGGGGAGGGGAAACUCUCUGCUGAUCUGCUACUAUUGUGAACACAUAGCGGGGGUCGCGCAGAGGGAAGACGAAGAAGAAGAAGAUGUUGAUGAAGGAGUACAGGAUAUGCAUGCCCCUCACUGUAGAGGAGUACCGGAUCGGGCAGCUGUACAUGAUUAGCAAACACAGCCAUGAGCAGAGCGACCGAGGGGAAGGAGUGGAGGUGGUCCAGAACGAACCCUUUGAAGACCCAGUUCACGGCCAAGGGCAGUUCACAGAGAAACGAGUCUACCUCAACAGUAAGCUACCCAGCUGGGCCCGAGCAGUGGUUCCUAAAAUCUUCUACGUCACAGAGAAAGCCUGGAACUACUACCCUUACACCAUAACGGAAUAUACAUGCUCAUUCCUGCCCAAGUUCUCCAUCCACAUAGAGACAAAAUACGAGGACAACAAAGGAAGCAACGACAAUAUCUUUGACAUCGAGCUGAAGGACCAGGAGAGGGAGGUUUGCUUCGUCGACAUCGCCUACGAUGAAAUCCCUGAGCGCUACUACAAAGAGUCCGAGGAUUUGCGAUAUUUCCAGUCGGAAAAGACAAAGCGAGGCAUACUGCAGGAAGGCUGGAGGGACUCACAGGAGCCCAUCAUGUGCUCCUACAAGCUGGUCACAGUCAAGUUUGAGGUGUGGGGCCUGCAGACACGAGUGGAGCAGUUUGUGCACAAGGUGGUCAGAGACGUGCUGCUGCUGGGACACAGGCAGGCAUUUGCUUGGGUUGACGAGUGGAUAGACAUGACAAUGGAUGAGGUGAGAGAGUUUGAGCGUACCAUCCAGGAGGCCACCAACCAGAAGAUUGGGGUGUUUCCCCCAUCAAUCUCCAUAAGCGAGACCCCCUUGUCCUCCUGCGCCCUAACCGGCCCUGCCAGUGCCCCGUCAACCCCGAUGUGCACGGAUGCGCCCGAAUCCCUCUCUGUCCCCAAAGACCGACCACGUAAAAAGUCCGCCCCCGAAACACUGACCCUACCUGAGCCCGUCCCCAGCGAAGCCGCAGAGGACUCUAUCCUGAACCAGUUACCCGUUUCCAACCAUCUCCAGUCAUCCACAUCGCCUUCCGACUGCGACCCUGCUGAAAUGGGCGAGCAGUAGAACAGCCUCCGUUGUAUACUUCUUCUUCUUUACCCGUUGUCUUAUGAGCCCAAUGAGGGUACCCUUGCCUCCAAGCACCAGAGCCCUGACUUUCAACUUGUUUAGCCAUAUCCAACGAUAGACCAUAAUCGUUACCAUAUACCAAUCCCUCUAUAGGUCUUCACUAGCGUCAUUGAUGCCAUCCAGGCAGCUGUAGGCCCGGUCACUUUGGUGUGGCCGAGCGUAAAGUCAAGCGAGCCAGAUGUCAGAUCUUUUCUAAUUAAUGCAUCUAAUGUUUAUCGAAAGCAAAGAUUAUUUUUGUUGAGUGGCAGUUCUUUUUGUAAAUAAAUCCUUUUCAUUGUUUCCGUAGUUACGUUUUCUUCAAUCAGACUAUCUGGCCACGAAUUAUUGCAUUUUGAAGUAGUUGCCUUGACAUCACAGAGCCAGUGGAGAUUCAGCUUCGAUAGUGUUCAGAGUAAUCUUACCCGUUAAUAAUCUGCAUAGUUGAUAGCAUGAUAAUGAUCGACUUGAUGAUUCAAACUGGAACAGCACAGUAGAAGUAGAACAGAACGCCGGAGAGGCAAUCAAGUACAUUGACGGUAGAUCCGUUGAAGUGUUUCUGUAGCUAGUCGGCCUGGCAUGUGGGUCGUUCUGUACUCGUCGUUUCCUCUCUAAACUAAAAAAAAAAAGCAAAUUCUGUACAAUCAUGAAGAGAAUGUACCUCAGGUCUCCCCAAACUCUACCCGGUUCGCACUCCAAAGGCAGGGACGUUGUUGUACGUAACUCUCCCCACGUAUUUGCCAAACCAUUUUAUACUUCCGGAGAUGUUAUAAUACAAAAAUAUAUGUAAAAAAAAAAAACAGCAUACAUAAACCUGGGAAUGUUUACACAUCUUAGACCUUUUAAAUGAAACCAUCACUAUGUCUGCAGCUGCAGUAUGAAGUAGGCGGUUUGAUGCUUGCAAAAUUUAAUUUGUUCAUCCUCUGUAUCCGAAGACGAUUAAGAGGUCGGUAUCAGCAGAAGUACAUUGAUUGCAUUUUCAAAGUCAAAUGUUGCCUGAAACUAACGAUGGAUAUGUCAUGUGAUAUGAAUGUGAUUCAGGAAAAUCCAAUCAGUAAAAUCACUUUCGUCACGUGUUGGGGGAACAAAACGCCAUUUUAGGACAGCUUUUAGUCACCGACUGACCCUCGCGCUCCGUGAAGGUGAUGAAAAGUCGGUGCUAAAUUUGAAAAGACGGGCACAUGUGUCAAGCUGACUUGUGUAUGUGCUUCAUUAGGCGCACAGUGUGUGAAGAUUGAACUUGCCAGCCCAGAUUGGUAAAAGAAAAGCAGAGCUUCUAGAUGAAACGAAAGCAUCAUUUGCAGACACCAGUCAUUUAUUUUAUCUGUGUAUUGAUGGUCAUCUGUCAAAGAACCAGUAGAUUUUAGUACAUCGAUCAAUAUACUCUUUGUUUUCCAAACAAUAUUAUUCAAAGAAGGGGUUUUAUAAUGCUGCAUGGAAUGUUCACAACUUGUAUACAAAAUAUAUGAUGUGUGAUUAUACUGUGUAUGAAUGGAUUGUUACGGUAUAAGUAAUGUAACUCAUGAAGAAAAAAAAAAUGCUUCCAUUGGAAGUCUGAUGUAAUUUUGUACAGUAGAAAAUCAGAUUUCGACUGAAAUGUAAGCAUGUACAGAGUAUUUACUGUAGGCCUAUGAACUCUUUGAACUCAGUGCCUCUGCAUGCUACAAUUUUAUCAUCACCUACCUGCGUGUACAUCCAAAUUUUAUUAUUAGUUCAGCUACAGAAAUCCAAAAUUUCAUUACUUUUUAUUACAUGUACAACUCUGAUGACUUACAAAGACUCUGUGGCAUGGAUGCCUUUCAUUUUUGGCUCUAACCAUGGAUUAAUUUUGUUUAAGUACAUGGUUAGAAUCCUAUUGUCUGAAGUGGAAAGUACCAUUAUGUCAUGCUAAAAAAUGCAGUGUCGGCACAUUUCACCAGCAAGUAAAUGGACAAGUCUCCACUCGGUCUAUAAACCUUGAUUAUGAGACCAGAAAUUUGGCAUUAUUUCUACAUUAUCGGAUAUGAUUUUUUACUGUUCAGACUGAAAACUUUCCCUAUGAGAUCACUUGGGUUUUGGUUUGUCACUUCUACCAUCUUCAAUUUUUCUUACAAAGGUUUACCUUUUGAGUUUGCUCUCAUUUCACCUUUACAUUGAAACACUUUGUUUUUAGGCAACAAUUUUCCUACAACAUCAGCCAGCGGAGAAGUUAACCCCAUUCUGUCAAUGGUUACGCAUCAGCAUGGCUGUAUGUCUAUAUUUUAGCUUUAUAAAUCCACAGUUGUGCCAUUCUUGUUUUUAAAAAUCACUGAAGUUGUUCCUUGUGUCCUAAUUUCAAUGAGGUAAAAAGUUUUGGGUAAACAAGUCCUGAAUUGUAAAGACAUUCAUGUGUAUGAGGAGUCUGUCUGAAGUCACCAGAGUUUUUGCAUUACAUUCCCUACACUGUAGUCUGGUAAUCAUUUGCAGUUCAACCUUAUAUUACAAAUUAUUCUUUUAAGGUCUUGCUUUUUUGUUUUAAUUUUAAUUUUUUUUAUUUUUAUUUUUUUUUACAAAUAGACCCUCAUUCAGUUUUCUUCUGGUAUUUUAAGUAAGACCGUUCCAACAAACUUCAAGUAUUGCCACUGCAAGAAGAUGCAGACUGGUGUAACUCGGACAUAUCAAACUAUACCACCAGAUUCUCAAGCGACAGGGCUAACUUGCUGUGUUUUUCAUUCAAUCACUGGCGCUGGGGUAGAUUUCUCAGUCAUCCAGGUCAUGACGAUCCUAAGUGCUUGAGUAGAAGGCAACUGGACUUCUUCUGUCGCUUCUUGUCCCAGUUCACACCGUGGGACGUGUGACCAAAACACGUGUCUUAACGGCCCCGUUGCCUUCAAUUGUCCGGUUAGUGUGAUUCUCUGAUCCGUAAACAAUUCCAACCAUGUUCAGAAUUGAAGAAGCCCCUCUGAAUGAGCGACGAAACAUCUUCGAAACGAGAGAAGUCCAGUUCUGCUUAAGCACGAAAGAUUUGAUCGCUGACGUUACUCAGAUGCAUCCUGCACUUUCCAGUCUUUGACACCUCGAUUGACAAUGAAGGAAUGUGUUUAUUACCGGUGUUGUGGGUUCAGUGGACCAAACAUCCGCUCAUACGGCACAGUAACUUUGAAGAGAAGAUAUUCAGUGGUCUUACCAUAGAAUUUCGUCGAUAAUUUGUAUAGAUUUUCAUUUAGAUGGAGAGAGAAAAAAAAAUUAGAUGAAACUGUAGCUAUUUAUUUGUAACCGUAGCUUUUGUUGUUGCCUUUUAAGGAUAAACAAAUCAACAUACCAGUCAUUGGCCGUCUGUUUAGAUCUAUUUUGUAUAGAUUAUAGAUGCUUACUAGUCUGGUAUCAACCACCUCUCUUGUCAGGAAACAUUGAUCCAGGGACAUGUUUGACCCACCAUGGGCUAUUAAAAUAAUGCAAAGUGUAUGUGGAACGUUAAUCUCUGCUCUGUUUAAAAGAGUAACCCAAUAGCUCUUGUAAAUACGGCUGUUAAUGAUUAAUAUUGUAUAUUUCUUGUGUUGAGCCUGCUCUGGGUUUUAUUACUGAUGUGCCAUGAAUGUGCUGAUGGACUGAAAAUGGACAAGGUAAAUCUGUGUGUGUGUGUGUGCGUGUGUGUGUGUGUGUGUGUGUGUGAUGAAGGUUUGUGAAGCUUUCACAGACGUGAAUUAAAGUCGGGCUUAAUGUGUUUUUAUCAAUGAAGUUGCUGUUCUGAUCUUAGGUCAGUUCAAUUCUUUUCAUUUAAAUAAUCGAGAUUCUUUGUAGUGCUGCACUUUUUUUUCUUUGCUGUCCAGUUGCUUCUAAUGAACCCCCCACAAGGGGGCGUAUUAUUUCCUAAGUUGUAAAGCAAAUGGAUGCUUUGCAUUUUAGUGGCGUGGCCGCUUUGACGUUUACCCGUCUCCUUUUUCUUUUUAAAUAGUAAACUUUGCCGUUAUUUGAUUUUAGUGAUUGCUGUAAUCCAUUUCAUUCCUCUUUACCUCCCGAUUCGGUUUGCCUUCAGACAAGCUGUUUUGCUGUCUUCUGCUGUCUGGAAUCUGUCUCAUGAACUUCGAACACGUCUGAGGUGAAGCGCAUCUCAGAGUCUGCUUGGACAUCCAGGUGCACUUCAAGUCGAUCCAGCUUCAUGAAACAGACCCCAGAAGAGCCAUUCCUGUUUAGCUGCUGAAAGUUGCUCUUUGUUCUUCCACUUGGAACAUUGUAUUGUACUUGGUAUAUUUUUACUGCCCUUUGAGGUUUAUUUGGUUCUUUGUUGUAAUUAUUGUUUAACAGUUUUCUUAAACGGAUGAAUAAACUUUAUUAGCUAUUGUCA